CGGAUAAGUAUGAAUUUUUUUAAAUCUAAAAUUAGAAUUUUUCUUACAUAUUUGUUUAGAUAAUCAUUUUAUUGAAUGAUUUUUAACACUAUAAUUCUUCCAACAUUUUCCAACUCAUUCUACUUUUUUCCAACAUCCAACUCUAAAACUAAAAGAAAAUAGUCUUACUCAUUUCUUAAAAUAGAGUUAGCCUCACCAAAAAAUUUGGCACAAUUAAUUAAAAAUAAAUCAAUCGCAUUCCUCCCAAUAGGGUUCAUUCUUUUCUUUUUAUUUUGUUUUUAAAUCUUUUGCCAGCAUGAGAAUUUGUCAUUAGAUAGACUUGUUGGUUAUUUGGUCCAUGAUUGGUGUUCGUUUCCUUUUGGUAUUUUUAUGAGCAAGUGCGGAGGCUCAAUAUUCAGGUGCCUACAAAACGGAAAACAAAAAGGUUAUGUCGCCGGUUCCGAUUGAGCCGACAUUGUUUUCAACGGCGUCGUCUUCCUCUCUUCAUCAAUCUCCUCAAAUGACCCUCUGUUUCGAUUAUCUUAGAGGGGUACGAUGGCGCAUCGAACUGGGGAUUUUACCGUCUUCUCUCACUUCUUCCAUCAUAGAUAUUCGCCGAGCUACUGCAGACUUGCGUAGAAAUUAUGCUUCUAUCAGGAGACAGCUUCUCAUUGAUCCAAAUCUACCCAAGGAUGGAAAUGCAUAUCCUGGUCUUGUUAUGGAUAAUCCACUAUCCCAAAACCCUGAUAGCAUGUGGGGUCGCUUUUUCAGAAAUGCUGAGUUAGAAAGAAUGGUUGAUCAGGAUUUAUCUCGCUUAUAUCCCGAGCAAGGUAGCUAUUUUCAAACCCCUGGAUGCCAGGCCAUGUUGCGGCGCGUUUUGCUUCUUUGGUGCCUUGGACAUCCUGAGCAUGGGUACAGACAAGGAAUGCAUGAAUUGUUGGCCCCACUAUUAUAUGUUCUCCAUGCUGACGUUGAACAUCUCUCUGAAGUGAGGAAUCUUUACGAAGAUCACUUCACUGACAACUUUGAUGGUUUUUCAUUUCAUGAAAAUGAUUUGACAUAUAAAUUUGAUUUCAAAAAGUUCUCAGAAUCUAUUGGAGAAGAAGAUAGGUCGGGCAAAACUCCAGUCAAUAUUUGUAGUCUUUGUGAACUUGAUCCCAAGAUACAAUCCAUUGUUCUACUAAAUGAUGCAUAUGGCGCUGAAGGCGAGCUUGGUGUUCUUUUGUCUGUAAAGUUUAUGGAGCAUGAUGCUUAUUGUAUGUUUGAUGCCUUAAUGAAUGGCGCUGGUGGUACCGUUGCUAUGGCUGAAUUUUUCUCCCUUUCCCCUUAUGGAACUUCACAUACCGGCUUGCCCACUGUUAUUGAAGCUUCUGCUGUUUUAUAUCAUUUGCUUUCGCAGGUUGACUCAUCUCUCCACAGCCACCUUGUUGAGCUUGGUGUUGAACCCCAGUAUUUUGCAUUACGUUGGUUCCGUGUCCUGUUUGGGCGUGAAUUUGCUCUUGAAGACCUUUUGAUUAUUUGGGAUGAAAUAUUUGCAUGUAAAAAUACGAAGUUGGAGAAUUUCACACAAAGUCAUGCGGACUUUGGGUGCAUUGUGCUCAAUUCGUCAAGGGGGGCUUUCAUAUCUGCUUUUGCAGUUUCCAUGAUACUAUGUUUGAGGUCUUCACUACUUGCGACAGAGAAUGCUACUGCAUGCCUUCAGAGGUUGCUGAAUUUUUCAGAGCAUAUAAAUUUAAAGAAAUUGAUAAUGAAGGCAAAAUCUUUACAUAGUUUAGCAGUGACUGCCAAUAAGUCAGUUCCAUUUCUGAGUUAUGAUGGGAUCUACCAGAGAAGUAAGUCAACGGCUUUGAGAGGUCAUAGCUAUUCAUUUGAUUUAACUACUACUCCUUCGAAUUUGCUAUCUGAAACCUACUGGGAAGAGAAGUGGAGAGUUUUGCACAAUGAAGAAGAAAACAGGAAAUGCAUUGAAAGGAGCCAAAUCCCAGCCCACAGGAAGUUGUUGUCUGAGAAAGUUAAAUCGUGUAUGUCGGGAUUUGAGUCUGACCCAUCUCCAUCUAUGGCUGAUGGUGAAAGAAAAGCACCCAAGUCAGCUGUUAGAAGAAGUUUGUUGAAUGAUCUGGCUCGGCAGGUUGGGUCAGAUAAAGAUACAUAUAACCUGGCAGAUGGAGAGAAUCUAGGCCACACGAAUAUGGUUGAUGCUAAUGGACAAGAUGGAGUAAGCAAAAUUUUCACUUGCGCGUCUGAGGACAAGUGUUUUAGUGAAAAGACUGGUAGCGAACGGAAUUCUUCAACCUUUUCUGACCUAUCUAGCCCUAGUAGUGAUGAUAAUCAACAGGAAAUGGGAUCAGACAGAAGCAGUGUUGCAUCAAAUUUGUUGGUUGGUGACAAUAGUGCUGAAGCAUCCAGGACACACCCAGAAGGAUCUUCUUUUCCUCUUGGAGUUUUUGUAAAAUCUGAGAAAAGUGAUGAAUUUGGUGGCAAUUCCACAACUUCCUCUAAAGAGUGGAAGUUUCUGUCUGGAAGAUUUAACUGGGUUUGGAGGCUUGGACGGAAUGCAGGUGAAGGGACAUCUGAAAAAGAUGCGGUGGUGAAAGCCCCCCAUGGCGCAAACACACAGAAAAAUGUUCCAGCUGUAUCCUGUACAACUAAUGGGUUUGAUUGUAUUGGAACUAGCAAAGGAGAGAGCAUAGACCAUAAUUUAUUGGCUUCACUGAAGUACUUGGGGAAUUCCAUGCGUGAAAAUAUUCAGGUGAUAGAGCAUAUUUUCCAUCAAGACGAGUCUCAAGCGGGGGGUCCAUUGGAUAAUUUAUCCAAGAAUGUUCUUGUUGGUAAAGAACAAGCUAUGGCAGCUUUAAAGGAGCUUAGAAGAAUCAGCAAUCUUUUGUCUGAGGUGUAAGACGGAAUUGUUGAAUCAAAUUUGUGAAUAUUUUGUAAGUAGUUAUUCUUGAUAAUUGCCCCCCCCCCCUCAUAAAAUCGUGUGUGUAUUGUACCUCCUCCUCUUCUAUUUGUUGUUUCAAGAUUGACAAUGAAAUUUGUAUGGUUGAGUUUAAUGCCGAAAAAAGAACUGUUACUUCA